AUGCAUCCACAACACGAAAAUCCCCCUGUGGUCGUCGUUGGCGGCUUCCUGACCCGCAAUUCGACGAGCUACUGGGGCGACAUUCAGCAGUAUUUCACAGACGACAAUGCGCGCCAGAUUAUUAUUGCACCGGUCGGCGCAUGCAGCUCGCUACACGACCGAGCAUGCGAAAUCUUCUGGUCGUUGCUUGGUGGUCGCGUCGACUACGGCGCUCAGCAUGCACUCGAGCAUGGCCAUGGCCGCUAUGGGCGCAAAUAUGCCCAUGGGCUGUACCCAAAGUGGUCAGAGGAGCACCCGGUUCAUUUUGUCGCACAUUCGCUAGGUGGCCCGACCGUGCUCAAGCUGCUCUCGCUCCUCCAAGCCGGCUUCUUCGGCCCUCAAUACACACCCUCGCUUGUGCUUUCGCUCUUGUCCGUUGCUUCCCCUUACCAGGGCUCGCCCAUCGUCUACCUCUUGGGCGCCAGUCACCGCGCAGACGAGACCAAACUCCGCAGCUUCACCGUCGGCAGCCUCAUCUCAAAGUACAUUCACAUUUCCUCCUUUCUCCAUCCUCUCCUCGGCUCUUCAGCCAGCGGCGGUUUUGAUUUCCAACCAGACGCUCGCAACCUGGGCAUUUGGGCAGACGCCAACACGUCAAAGCUGACCAUCAACGAAAAUGCGUCGGCGGCGUCGAUGAGAAUCAAGGAUGGGAAACGGAGAACGUGGGGCGGACUGUUCAAGUCGAUGGGCACAUUGAUCUCCCAGCUUCGUACCUCUUCGUGGGCAGACAGUGCAGACUCUGGUUCGUACGAUGCCACGCUCCACGCUGCGCACAGUCGUCAGCUUGCAGGCGAGAAUGCCUUGCAAUCAUCCGUCUUUUAUGCCAGCUUCACCGGUUCCAUCACCUACCAGGACACCGAGUCGGUGGCGUAUGGCCUCCCUGGUCAUGGCCCACAAGUUCCGGCCGUCCAUCAUCGACCAGACAGACGGUUCAGAGGAGACCUGAUGCUCUAUGUCCUCAGCAAGAUGAUCGGCAGCUUUUCGUACAAGCUCGAGCCUGUCCCCGAGCAUCUCUUUGAACAACCACAAGAGGAGCGUCCCCGUCUCGAGGAAUCGUCCGUCCACGAGGAGAGGACGAGUUUGGACAAGAAGCGCAUGAGUAGGCGUCGUUUGACGAUGACCUCUGCACCAAGCGUUGCACCGAUUGCAGAGGAGCAUAAUGCCGUCCCGAUCAUCACUACGCCUUACAGACCCAGCCUCGAGAUCCGGCCGAGCCUGGACGUUCGUAAGAGCUACGAAAGCGAGGCGUUUGGCGGCGUGCCUAGACGUUCGACGUCUUCGACCUCGUGUGGUUCCUGCGAGUCUGGAUCCAGUGGAUACAGCUCGUCUAGAUGCUCGACGCCCUCUGGAUGCACUUGCUCCUCGAAUGGAUGUGACGACUGGGGUACACAAAACUCCCAAUCGUUUGGGGCUGGAAUCGAUAUUUCCAGGCCCUCGUCGCCUGCCAUGAUCAGUAUCUACAAGACACUCCCCUCGCCUAUUGCAGAAGAGGACCCAGGCAUCCCAAGCCCAGUUCAGCUUCUCUCGUUCUCGGAAGAAAUUCCCAAGCCCGAGGAUCAGGUGCAAAAAGCGGAAACAGUCUCGAUGGACGAGAUCAGCGUCAAGAAGCGACGACGUGAUGCAUCUAUCCGAUCUUCUAUGAUUGGACCCGAGGUUGCACUUGGAUUGGGCAUCCUCAGUCCCAAGGCGCAAAAAGUCCUUGGUGUCGAGACAUCUGCUCCUGCCAAGCCUGCGUCAGGGGAAGAGAAGAAGCCAGAGGUGAAGAAGGAGCGACCCAGUGGACAUUUCCGACGAUGGAGUUCGACAGACUGGUACGCUACCUGGGCCUCGCAGUGGACAGAGAAAAAGACUACACCUGCAACUGAAGAACACAUCAACGAGGAAGAGGACGGGACACAAGAGGCAUGGCGCAAGCUCAAUGGACUUCCAAGCCCAGCGGAUAAGAAGAAGCUGCGCAAGGAUUUAUGGGAAAAUGAUGGCGUCGUACCGCUUUUCAGCCAAUCUCAUCCCGCAGAAUGUGCAGAUGGACAUUGUGUUCACCACGGCACACUCAAUUUCGGGACAGACAAGCCUACGGCGCCGUUGCCUCCCCCCACCGUCUCCCAUCCCGUCCCACUUCUCCGUCUCCAAAUGCAAGCUCUACAUGGCCUUCCAAGAGGCACAGCGUCUACCUCGACGGAAACGGAGAGGCUGGCGCGUCCAAGCGAAGCUCACUCUCGCUCAAGCGACGAAGCACGUUGCUCAUCCUCGUCUUCAUGCUCUGCUACGAUGAGUGACAAUGAGAGCACGAGCUCGUUCCAUACGGCGCCUCAGAGCACAAGCACCAGCUCGACGUCGUUGCACACCGCACACUCGGUUCUCGAUCACGACUCUCACGACCAUAUUUAUUCUAGAAUGACAACUGGACGAGGUAGCGCAGACCACGUACGGAUUGGAACGCUAGAGCCGGGCAAGUGGCAUGUGUUCCAUACUCCGGGUCUCGCCCACAACGUCCUCGUUGGUGGAUUGGCACGCUACGAGAAGCAGAGGGAUGCUGUGUGGCAUAAGCUCGCAAAGACUAUUCACGAGUUAGAUGCCACCCGCACGUCUGCUGCGGCCGUCUGA